AUGGGCUAUACAAUCUGUGUGCUAGGAAAGCCAUCACCCCCUCUCUCUCGAUGUGGUACUAUGGGCAUCGCCGUUCUGUCCGGUGUUCUUGACAGUCUCCGUCCGCGUGUCCAGCUCCCGUCGGACAUUUCGUCCUCCUCGAAGAAGGCCAAGUGGGAUUCUCACACGCCGGGAACCGUGACGCCCGCAGUCGAGACAGACGACGAAUCUGUUCCGACCUCGUUUAUGGCGUGCGUCUCUCGUGAAGAGAGUGCAGCGCGUCUGCGAUCCGUGUUCCCUUCCUCGGUCGCAGUCAUUGCAGGCGGCAACUUGGACGCAGUGAAAAAAUCGGAUGUCAUCCUCCUCUGUUGCAAGCCGCAGAUUGCCCACACGAUCUUGGGUGAAGCGGGAAUGAAAGAGGCGCUGGAAGGGAAAUUGCUCAUCAGCAUUCUUGCCGGAGUUACCAUCUCGCAGCUCACAGCAUGGGUCACUCCCACAACCCGUGUUAUUCGUGCGAUGCCCAACACACCAUGCAAAAUUCGUGAAGGGAUGACCACAAUCUCCGACUCACCCCCUCCCUCUCCACUAGACCGCGCCAUCACCAAUACGAUCUUCUCUUCAAUCGGGCGUGUGCGUUUCCUGCCCGAAAAGCACUUCGAUGCCUGCACUGCGCUGUCUGGCUCUGGGCCCGCAUUUGCUUGCAUCUUCCUCGAGGCCAUGGCCGAUGGUGGAGUGAUGAUGGGACUGCCACGAGCUGAGGCGUUGGAGUUGGCUGCUCAAACUCUGCAAGGUGCAGCACGGAUGGUUCUGCAAGGCGGCACUCACCCAGCGCAACUGAAAGACGCAGUAACCACGCCCGGCGGAUGCACAAUUGCUGGAUUACUGGCUAUGGAGGACGGACGUGUGCGUUCAACGAUUGCCCGCGCAAUUCAGAUUGCCACAGAACGGGCCAGCGAGUUGGGUCAGCCGAAAAAAGAUUAGAGCAUCAUAUUUUUCAACUCGAAAACAUGUGCCCUACGCCGAUCUACUACCCUCCAUCGAAUCCAGAGUAUCGCAAAUAAGCCUGGUCUCGGCACCAGCUACGAGAGCAUCUGUGCGAGAUGGGUUC